CUCACCCAGAAGAUGUGGUGGAAGGCCAACUUCUUCAUCAGUCAGCCUGUGCUGUUUGGUACCUGGGACGGGGUGUUCACCUCAUGCAUGAUGAACCUUCUUGGAGUUGUCAUCUUCCUCAGGAUGGGCUGGAUUGUGGGCAAUGCUGGUAUCAGUCUGACCAUUCUCACCAUCAUCCUCACAGUGAUGGUCGUUGUGAUUGUGGCCCUGAGUGGUAUCGGGGUCUGUGAACGGUGUAAGGUGGAGAGCGGGGGCGUGUACUUCCUGCUGUCCCACGUCCUGGGGGCUCGAAUAGGGGGCAGUGUGGGCAUUGUGUACUGCUUUGCACAGGCAGUGGCAUGUUCAAUGUCGGUGAUGGGUUUUGGGGAGUCAGUGAUGGGCCUGACAGGGCUUGAUGAGCCAUGGCUCGCCAAGGGGAUAGCUGUGGGGCUGGUGCUGUUGUUGUUAGGUAUCAAUGUUGCUGGUGUGAAGUGGGUGAUCCGACUUCAACUGGUUCUGCUGGUCGUGUUGGUCCUGUCAAUGCUAGAUUUCUUUGUAGGCUCUUUUGUGCACACUAAUCCAGCUGAUGGAGUGACAGGCUACCACGAGAUAAAUCUACGUAACAAUUCUGGGCCCGACUUUCUCCCAGGAGGGUCGUUCUUCUCCAUUUUUGGGCUGUUUUUCUCGACUGUUACGGGAAUCCUGGCAGGAAUCAACAUGAGUGGAGAUCUACGCGACCCGUACCACAACAUUCCACGCGGGACUUUGUCCUCUCUAGGAGUCUGUACAAUGCUGUAUAUCUUUAUGGCGAUGGUUCUAGGGGCAACCUGUACACGUUCAUACCUCCAGACAGACUACAUGAUAUCUGAAAAGGUGUCUAUCACCGGCUUUGUGUGGCUAGCAGGUCUGUACAUAUCAUCAGUAUCAUCCUGUAUGGGUAGCCUGUAUGGUCCACCGAGAAUUCUUCAGACAAUCGCUAAUGAAAACGUCAUCCCUGUCAUUCGUGUGCUAGGCAAUGGGCGUGGUCCAAACAAAGUUCCCAUCUAUUCACUGGUCGUGAUAACACUAGUGGCCCUUCUCUUCGUUCUGAUUGGUGACGUGAACUCGCUGGCACCCAUUGUCACCACCACCUUCAUGAUGUCCUACACAGCGGUCAACUACGCCUACUUUGCCCUCGCUAUGAGCUAUGACCGGCGGCAGGAGCGCGACCUGCGAUACCAGGAGAAACGGCGCCGUCAGUCUGACCCUGUGUCAGCGCGGUUGCCGGGUUACGGUUCCGUGAACGUCAGGUCGGCGCCAUACAGAGACUCAUUCCAGACGAUGAGGAACGAUCUGGAUAAACUGUUUCCAGAAAGAUUGCGCCAUCAUGGCGGAGUAGAGCAAAUCCCUCAACCCCAGCAAGUGUCACCGACGGAGCCUGAUUUUGAUGCCAGAAAAAGGUCAAAGUCGUUGGACAACAACUCAGAGGCUGGUGAUGCCUCGCAGGUGCUAUUGGGAAAAGAGGGUGAUCCCAGACAUGCGCCAAACAUGGAGAUCACCAAACAGCCAAGGUCCUGGUACAGCUUUCUUUGCAACAGAUGGCUGUCACUGUUUGGGACUGUGGUUUGCCUAGUGAUCAUGUUUGCAACCCAGUGGAUUUACGCCCUUGUGGAAUUCGUUGUGGCAUUCAUCAUCUAUGUCUAUAUUGGGCAGGCGAACCCAGGGUAUUUUCCAGGAAUUGCUGAAUUUAACUUCUAUACCUGGAUCAAAGGUGGACUACAGCGCUGUAUCAGUGGGAAGGACAGCCAAGAGGAGAUAAUUGUGGCCCCAUCUACGCCCGCAGUUACCACCCUUGCAGCUCAGCUGACCGAGGACAACGAGGACUUCGCCACCAGGGGGCGCUACCACCAGUCAGAGGUUGUCAGGGGAGAAAACUUUGACGAUUAUGAGGAUGACGACCAUUGAUCAUGAUUUUGUGUAGAAAAAUAAUUUAGUUCGGAAAUCGUCCUGAAGCUUUAAUGUUUUUAAAGAGGAGGCUGUGCAUGGUGACACCUUUGAUGAAUAUGAAGACGACAAGAAUUUUUAGAGAUUAUUUAAAUUUUUAUAGAAGGAAUAAUUUUGGUCUUACAAUGCCUUGAAACAUGUAAGUUUGAAGUACUUGGUCUAGGUAGAUAACUUUGAUAAUUAUUAAGACGAUGAGCACUGGUCAAGGUUUUUAAAAGAAAUAAUAAUUUUGGUCUUAACCCGUUACCACUUUUCAUGCAUUUAUAGUCCUUAAGAAAGUUAUAUUUAAUUUAAGACCUUUCUUAUUAAAUUCAAGUUUUAAAGGCUUCAUCUCCAAAAAUUAGAUACUGAUGAGCAGCAAACAGCAUAAAACCUGAGCAGACUGCGAGUUACUCGUUCUGGUUUUAUGCUGUUUGCAAAUAGCCAUUUUUACUUUGCUUCUAAGUGGAAAAGGGUUAAAACAUCCUAGAAAUUUUAUGUUGUAAGAACUUUGGAAACAGACCAGUGUGUGUAUGUGACAUUUACAAACAAUCUUCAUUCAAUCAUGAAUGUGAAGAUAACAUUUUUACAAUGACUUCGAUUUCUUUUAAUGAAUCUUUUAUGAGAGAAAUAUAUAUAUAUAAUAGAAGGCAAUGAAUAUCG